CAGUUUUACAAGGAUGUACUCGAGGUUGGAGAACUAGCAAAACUAGGUAAUUUCUGUUAUAAUCAAAUGAAAUGAUGGAGAUAGCUUAUUUAUGUAAUAACACUAUGUAUGUAGGUGAAUGUGCCUUCCCUCGUGGCUGUUGCUAAAGGUUGAUAACUUAUCUCAGACAGAAUACUCUUGUUUGCAUUUAAGCAUGGACACAAGGCAAAAAGCAUGUUCUGAUAGGGUGCCAAACAUUUGAAGUUUGACAGCCAUUAAAGCAAACUGUCGUGCCAAAGGUAAUGGUUUAUGAUGUUAACAUGUUUUUGAUCAGCGCGUCCUGCUCAUCUAUUUUUCUUGUCUUUCAGGACUAUUUCUUGCUUAAAAACAGCUCACUUGCUUUUAACAAUUAUUUUUUGGAAUUUUACAAUUCCAGAAAUCCUUCUUAAUGUCUAACGUUUCUUGCGAUGAAUAUUUUAUUGCGCACAUGAAAAUAAAAUUGAUAACUCCACCCCGAACUUUGAAUGUUUGGUGGCAAAACAUCUCAUGUUUUCACCCAGUUAGAACCUAUUUUUCAGCCAUGUGUACCACUUAGAUUCAACCAAUGGUAAAAAAUGUCAAUUUAGGAUAAUUUUGUUUAUGGGGUAAAGGCACAAAGUAAUGACUUAAGCACAGAAUUUACCUAAAACAGCAAUAACUUCAUGUGACAUACACCUGAAGCCCCUUUAACAGUAACUUAUAAAAAUUGUUAAAAAGGUAAAGUUGAAGGUUUGUUUACAGGUAGUUUACAAGCACUCCACUCAAAUAAUAUUAGAAACAAUAAUAAUCCAAGUAGUACAUGUAACAGGAUCAAACACCUGAACUGGCACUGGCUAAAAAAGUUUGUUCCCCACACUUGUUUAAAAUGUUACUUGCUCAGUGCCACCCGUGAAAGCUUUCAUAAGCCAUGGGGUGGCAGGAGUUUCAAUAUGUACCAAUGUCCAACAAAACAAGUUGGCUACAUGUACUUAGCUUAUAGAAGUCAGCUGCUGUAGAGAAAGAUUCUGUCUGAGCUUAAAUUAAAGAUCAAUUUUAUUGACUUGAACAUACUUUUUAUCUCAAUUUUAAAACAUAAUCGAAAGGUGUUGUACAUGUAGUUUGAUAUGAAAUUACGUGAAGGUUCUCUGAGGUAGUAACAAAUGAUAAAAGAUGGGCAGAGAAAGUUCUAGUGUCUCUUUUUUUCUUUCUAUCUUUUGUGCUUGGCUCUUUUUUCAGAAUGUACACGACUUUUGGCCUGAAACUGCCCAAAUACAUAUAAAAUGUAAGUCUUCCAGGGCUAAAUAGCUUUCUUAUUACUAGUUCAAUGAACUGGUUUUAAUCUGCAGUUCUUUUUUGCUGUUCUAGCCUAUUACAAUGACAUUGUUGUUGGUGCAGUGUGUUGUCGUAUUGACCAGACUGAAGAUGCCAGAAGGUUGUAUAUCAUGACUCUGGGGUGUUUAGCCCCAUAUAGAAGACUGGGAAUUGGUAUGUAUGUUGACUUGACAACAUUAUUUUAAGCUAUAAUACUUGUAGUAGGUGGAAUUAUGAUCAUUUGGGUGAGUGUAGUCCUUGAUAGGCUGUUGUUGACAAUUUGACUCUUGAACAACCUGUGUGGUACAUGUAUAGAGUCAUCUUCAGAAUCAAACGGAACUGUUUCUUGUCAGUUGGUGGUGUUAUUAAAACUAUGGUUAUUGAUCUGAUUGAUCAAGUGGUGGUGGUGUUGUGAUGUCAUCUGUUGUAACGGUCAAGGACAACUUUGUCAUGUAACUUGAGAAGUUGUCAUGUAACUUGGGAAGAGAUCUUCUAAACCAUUCCAGUACAUGACAUUGUGAACUAAAGUUAGAAACUAGAAACACUUGAACACUGCAAGAGUUGUGUGACGUAUCGCGUUACAUUAUAAUUCGUUGUGUUGUAUAUGUAGUGUGAUUUAUGACUUUAUUGUUUGAGCCUACAAUCCUCGUGGUUGCAGAUUGCCACCAUGUUUGUGUUAGUAAGAGAUUGGGUGAUUAAAUCCUAAUAUUCUGCGGGCAAACGUCUUCCCUUGUUCACAACACCCACUACCCACCUGCACUUCCUUCCAAUCUAAUCCCCUAAUCCUACAAGCUUUCUCCAAAACCUUUUCCAUUUGAAAUGAAGCCUUGUAAAUGUCCAGCAAAAGAAAAAAAUUGGGGGACUGUAAGUAUUCUCUGAAAACAGUGCCUGUGUACAGUUCUCUUGCAAACCAUUCAUCUGGCUAACAUAAGUUUUUAUUGGGUUAUUUUACCAUGCGAUACAUGGUGGCUGUUUGAUGCAUGUGAAGUAAGCUGUUUUCAAGUACUGGGUUAAACUGGGUGAACAAUUUACAGUGCCUGUAUGUAAAAGUGCCCAGAUAUUAUGGAGAGGACUGAAGAGAAUUUAUAACUGGGCGUGCCUUGGGCCCUCUUUCUUCCUCUAAAAAAUAUUUCAGUCACUUGAAUCAAUUGAAGAAGGUCCUUAUUCAGCAACCAAAGUCAUCUCAAAAGCACACUCUCAAAAAGAAGAAGUUUUCUCACACCAAGCAACAUACACAAAUCAUUAAAUAACGGAAUGAUGAUAACUAUACUUGACAGAUGUCGAUUUUAAGCAUGACAAAUCAUAUUUGUAAGCGGCUGCAGAAAUAAGAGCAGCAUUAAAAGCUACAAAAAGACUGAUACAAUGACAAAAACAAAUAUUAUAACAGAAAGCCUCAUGGCUAUUAUUGACAAUGAAGCUAGUACAGACCAAGGCCCCACUUUGAAAGCCAUUGAAGCUCAAACCAUCGAAACACAGAGCUUGAAACUCUUUUCACAAACUCAAAGGAAGAAUAAAUUAAAAUGUCAAAAACGUCAAAAUUAAUUAUUAAUUUUGAGAGACCUGAAUAUGACCCAUUAUUUUCACCACACAAGUUAAUUUCUACAACUGCACAUGAAACUGUCACUGUUCUUUGGGUUGAAUAUUGAAUUUAUAGUGAAAAUACUGUGGAACCACAUUGAUAGUCACCAAUGGGUCAUACAAAAUUGGCCAUAUUAACAGGGUGGCCACAUUACUGGGACAGGGUCAAAUUUCAUGACUUAAGGACCGUAAUGACAAAUACACUGUGCAUUGCCUUCGCACUUCUCAGGGGCACCCCAUGAUGAUUUCCUCCUAAAUACACUGCAAAGUCUUUUUAGUACUUUUAGAUCUCUAGAAAUGCACUCUAACCGGGGCUAUAAAAAUUAUUUGUAUCUGUUUUGUAUCUGAAAUUACAAGGGCUUCAGUGUUAUUUUCCUGAAAAUUUUAGAUGCAACUGAACAUUUUACCAAAGUGAGAAUUUUUCUUAUUCCUUUCUCCACAUUUUUGAAUCCAAAAAAUUUAGGUUUCCUUUUUCUAUGAAAAUUAGCCUAACAUGAGUAUUAAUAUUAAAAAUCAAACUUUGGAAAAUCAUUGGGAAUUUUUUAGAUAAGCUUGAAAAUUGUACCUGAAUGGAAUGCUCAUCUAGAAAAUAUUAGGCAAUAUUUGCUUCUCCGAACAGAUAUUUUACAGAAAACAGUCUUUGGGUCCCCCUGACUUCUUCUCAUACAUUUAUGUUUUCUUUCUGACGAGUGGCCAUAUUAAGGAAAUGAAAUUGUCAAAGAUUCUACUGUUUGGGAUUUUAAAAUGUGGCCGUUGGCCUUACUAUCAGGUGAACAUCCUAGCAAGAGUUUUUUUAUUAGAAAAUGUAUGGCCAUUUUGCUACAGCAAAAAAAUGGCUGGAAUAACAAGGUGACCGUAUAACCAAGUGGCCGUAAUGCAGGGUUCCACUGUACUUAUGUUGAGAUUAUAAUUAUGAACAUAGAAAUUUGUGCUUAUGCAUGUAAAUGUUAUUAUUAUUAUUAUUAUUAUUAUUAUUAUUUGCCUUAUUAGUGACUUUAACAAUAUUUGCAACAUACUGGUACAUGGAAAAGAUUUAUCCUCGUAAACUUUCAUGAAAUGAACAGAGUUUUAUAGCUUCAAUGUUUGUGCUUUAUUGCUUGCCAUGCCUUUAUUGUGCUUUGCAAACACAAUAAUAUUACAAUAAUACUUUGCUUGGAAAAUGACACAUUUAUUUUUAAGUUCAUUUAUUAAUUUCACUUCCUUUUUUUCUCUUUUUUUAAGGGACUAUGAUGCUUGAACAUGUUUUAAAAUGCUGCGACAAAGAUGGCAACAUUGACAAUGUUUAUUUGUAAGUGACUUUAAUUGUGGAUAGGUUAGUGGUGAUUGGCAAAGGCCAAUUACCAGACUACUAUCAUUUCAGUUCAGUAACGUAAGCAUUCACUAGUGUUGCACAUGAUGGUUUUGCUCCGAAAAGAUUGGUCAGGAAUGGUUAGUGAAUUUGAUUGUUGGUUGAAAUUUUCUUUUCUUUUGUUUCAAACUCAUUAUCAUACAUUACCAUACCCAAAAACAAAAGAAAGUAAUAUUAAAACCAAGGAUAAAAUUGAACCACAACAUAUAUAAUAACAACCCAACCAUGAAACAUAUAAGCUAGGUAGAGAAGAAUGAAAAUAAAAUGAAUGCUGGUAGCUGACAAAUCCUUCCAAUCUGUAGUUAGUGUACAUGUAUGUUGGUUAAAGUAGUGAAGUGUAUCUUACAUAAUAAGGAAAAAAUAUUGAGAAGAAGGUGACUCUGUUGACAUACCAGAUCAAUUUACAUGGUACAUCAUCAUCAUCAUCCUUUACUUCACCUUUAUCCAGUUCCUUUUAAGGUAAUCAAGUCUUUUUAUUCUGAAUAUGUUCAUUAUCCAUAUUAUUAUUAUCAUCACCACCACCACCAUUAACCCACCUUUUUCAUUUUUAAAGCUUAAAGCUCUCAUUCAGCAUGUGUCAGAUCAUCUUGAUGCAAAAACAAAAAAAUAUCUUGCAGUUCCAUUUUACCCUUGAUUAAAAUUUCAUUUUUAUUUCCCACUACUUGAACCAAGGUAAUUUUUCAACCAGUACAUAAUUAUUAGCCUGUGAAAACAGCUGUAAUGUGUGACACGUCAUCAGUAUGGAAUUUUUGCACUUGUUCCUCAGAUGUUAUGAAACCAGUGGUGGUGUCUUGAAAAUUAAUGUUGGCUGUUUUCUCAGGCUAGAUGAUUACAUCCCAUUGUUUAUUUUCUGGCAGUGCAAUGCUGUACUGGUAUUUAGGCUUAAAUUACAAAAUGUAUUAAAAACAAUGAAUCAACUAUUAUGUCUUAAGAAACAGGCUAACUUGCAAUGCUUUCUUUGUGCUUACAUGUUUUGGCCAUUCAUCUUCAAUUCGUUUCUUCCACCUUUUUUGUUUUUCGUUUGUCUUCUUUUCUCUCCAGCCUGUUCCUUUCCUGGUCUCACGUCUGGGUCCUAAAUUUAACCUUGGUAAUACUAUGUAUGGUGGCAUCAAAUUACCCUAAACUGUCACAUUGUCCUGUAUAAUGAUAUUCAAUUUCUACCGUGAUCUACUGGCUUUUCUCUUUACAAUUUCUUUUACACUAGAAAUGGUAACAUCUAUGACUCUCUUUUGUUACCUUUUGUUAAGUUCUCCGUGGUUAUCUUUAUUAUUACAUUAUACUAAUAUCUUUGUUACAAUUUACUUUCCCAAGCAACGGGGUGGGGUGAGGAAGGCGAAUGUCAAAAACUUUUGAAUUGGUCAUCAACAAGGCAAAUCCCCUCCCUCCCCUCCCUCACGUCACCUCUAGCCACUAUUUAUAUUACUAUUUAUUUAUGCUGAUUGAGUCAAGGAAGGUAUUCACACAAGGCUUCACCUUACUAACAUCAACAGGGAAAGUGAAAUUCAAAUUACUGAUGCAUUAUAAGGAAACACAACAGGGAACAAUAACUCUUUUUAAAAACAGAAAAAAAAUGUGUUGAAAUAAAUUGUAAUCUAUGACGGAUGUUAAAGGCAGGUUACUAAUCAAACUGUCAUACUAAUUUACAGGCAUGUCCAAGUCAGCAAUGAAGGAGCCAUAGGAUUUUAUAAAGGAUUUGGGUUUGAAAUAAUAGAAACAAAGAAACAGUAUUACAAACAUAUUGAACCAGCAGAUGCACAUGUGUUACAGAAAACACUGAAAAAUAAAAAGAGUGAUUGA